UUGCGUGGCAGUUUCAGACUCAUCAAGCAGAUGGCUGGCGUAAGGCCCUUAACGGAGGAGGAAAAGGAACUUAUAUCAUUAUAUGGCAAACCAAUUACCGUAUAUGAUAUUCUUCAAGCUUUCUCACAGGACAAGCCACGUUUCCUUCCAAGGUGUUUGAGCUACAAAAUACAGGCGAAGAAAAAUAAGAUGGCAAAUAUAGGUGGAAUAGCAAUUUACAACUAUAUGAAUUGUAACAACAUAAUACUGAAAUCCCAAGUUGUGAAAAGGACUUCUUGCCCAUUUUGCCCAAUGAAGUGUGGAAGCCUCAAGGGCGUGAAACAUCAUUUGAUGUCAUCGCAUGCCUUAUUUGAUUUUAACUUUCGGCUGUCGGAGAAUGGUCAUCCGAAUUUUGAUGUCUCCGUGAAACCUGAUGCAUUCACAAAUGGGGUACUAACUUAUGAUUUAGAGGAGCACAAUCGUGUUAAUACCUACCUUUAUCGCUCGAAAUCCCGUAUGCGAGGCCAAAGAGGUGUUCCUAAGGGACGUAAAUGUUGUAAGAUUUUUGAGAAGUAUUCAGAAGAUGUCCCUCGUGACAAAGCAAAUGAAAUUUCUCAUGUGAACGGUGAUAAUAUCCCAUCCUCCCUAGCAAGAACUCGCUUGUCGGGACAGACUAGCGACAUUCAGACAAAAACUCAACCAGAGAUAGGUCGGUCUUCUAAAGCUAAGGAGCCUCGUGCUAUUGGGAGAAAAAGGUUAAAUCCACAGCGGGUCGGGCUGGGGUGA